GCCGUGUCAUCAAUCGUUUUUCAUCCGUGUACGAGCAAGGUGUGACGUUAGGAAAUAGCUGGAAAUGGUCUUGAUGGCCAUGUACUUUUAAAUGGUGAAAAAAGUUUCAACACAUGAUCAAACGAAGCGGAUAGUUUACAACCAAAAUCGAUCAUAUUUGGAACCCUUAGUUUUCGGUUCUUCCCGGUAGAAAAAGCUUGAUUCUUGGUUGGUUGAUGGUAAAGCCGGUUGCGACGUAACACUACAGCAAAGAAAACAAAAAAGCGACGGGAUGGGGCUUCUGUACAAGAUACGGGUUAGGUUGCUCAAUUUUCUGAUUUUCUUCUUCCUGAUUGCACUGAUGCCUGGAUUACCACCGAAGACUACGUUCCCGUUCGAAGGUUUUAGCAUACCGCCGCUAAAGGAACUCAAAGGUGGUUUGGAGCCCAAUAACCAUCUGGACAAUGCCGAGCGUCUUUUCGAGGGCAAACUGUACGGACCGGAAACACUGCUAGUACGCGGGAAAGAUCUGUACGUUUCGGUACAUGGUGGAGAGAUUUACCGCAUCAAUGGUCCGCACAUAACACAUGUAGCGAAGCUGGGAAAACCUUGCGAAUAUUCUUUCGAGGAAAAUGUCUGCGGUCGUCCCCUGGGGAUUGCUUUUGAUACUCAAAGCGACAGCUUGAUAGUAGCGGAUGCCUACUACGGAAUUUGGCUGGUGGAAUUGACAACCGGUGAUAAAAAACAGCUGGUGUCGCGUGAUGUGGUCCUUGAUGGCAAAGUAGUCAAAAGAAAGGCUCGCCUCUUCAACAGUGUAGCAGUGGCCAAGAAUGGGGACAUCUAUUGGACCGAAUCAACGUCUGACGUUGAUUUGGAGGAUGGCGUUUACACGAUAUUUGCAAAUCCAUCAGGCCGACUGUUCCAUUUUGAUCGGAAAACAAAGAAGAAUACGGUUCUGUUGGACAAACUGUAUUUCGCGAACGGUGUUGCGUUAAGCCCUCAAGAAGAUUUUGUUUUGGUAGUUGAGACAAUGGCAUCGCAGAUCCGACGAGUCUACCUGAAGGGACCGAAAGCGGGAACCGACGAUGUGUUCAUUGAUGGUCUGCCUGGUUUGCUAGAUAAUCUGGUCGCCGAUGAUGAGGGUUUGUGGGCUCCUCUUGUCCUCGCUGCUGAUGAUGAGAAUCCUUCGAUACCCCGUUUACUCUCUAAAGUUCCUUUGAUUCGUAAAUUCCUUGCACGAUUACUCUUCCUCGCCGAGAUGCCGUUCCGUUUCUUGCAUCAGGUUUGGCCAUCAGCUCACUCUCAGCGGAUAUUACAUGCCAUUGGUCACUUUGAGAUGAUGUCGUUUAUGAAUCCGGACCGCACAACAAUCGUCCGCUUGGACUGGCAAGGAAACAUUGUUGGUUCACUGCAUGGUUUCGAUCGGUCAGUGGUUUCAAUUUCACACGUCGUUGAAUUGGGCGACUAUCUGUAUCUUGGAUCACCGUACAACAAAUACCUGGCACGGGUUAAAAUGCCAAAAGUUCCCAAAAUCCGAGUACAAAAUGUUCGAUUUGAACCGGAGGAAGCUCCAACAACAACAACUACUCCGAAACCAUCUACAACAACUACCACAACGGCAAAACCUACGACAACAACUACCACCACAACUCCUAAACCAGUAACUACUACACCGAAACCACCGCCAACUACUACAAGCCCACCUACAACAACAACAACAACAGCACCAACGACGACUACCACAAAGCGAACCCCAAAAUCAACUCCAUCCCCAGAACAAGCUAAACCAACAAAACCAGCAGCAUCCACCGAAGCUCCAAAGAAGCAGGAAAAGCAGAACAAACCUAGCACCCCUCCAACCGUGACACCGGCGCCGGAAAAGAAACAAGCCCCCGCUCCGAUCCAUGAAAAAAUUCCAGACGACACACCCAAACCGAAACAGGAAAAGCUCAAGGUUAUUAAGCGUGGUGGCGAACAGGGUGAGCUCUAAUCCGUUCCCUUCUACUACUUGCGUGUUCCGCAGCUUUGUUCGGUAGAAUGACUGAGUUACCGAUAGCAAACGCACAUUUGUUUAGGUUUAGGACUGAUAGUCCGUACUGUCACUGUUGUACCGCGUGCAGGGUAGCAUCAUUCCAUGCUCCAGUGAGAUUGAGAGUUCACCAUUCCACCUUUUUACUAUCCCAGUGAGAUUUUCCUCCUAUAUAUUACAAACAACCCAGUUAAUUUAUUUCCCUCCCUGUGUCCUUUAUCAACUCGUUCUGUAGAGAUUUUUGGCAGCAAAUUUAGCGUAACAUUUUCAUGGUAGGCCAUUAAAAAGUUUAAUGUGAAAUUAAAUUAAGCUAAAGAGAACAAACAAUUGAUAUUCCGGUUUGGGAUGAUAGGGUUAAGAUUUCUUUCUUUCUUGGUCUGUGAGAUUGGUUAUAGGUUGAACGUCGUCAUAUUGUUUAUACAUAAUCACAUACUACUAAAAAGUCAGUAAGAAAAAUAAAAACUAGAACUUUAGGAUAUUUUUGUUUCUAACAAAA